GGUUUCGGUGUCGGCCUGUGCCAGGCACACACAGAAAAGAAAGAUGGCGGUGCAGCAGAAUCCCACAUGACCACGGAAAAGCGAAGGGGAGUGACUCGCCAAACGCGUUGAGGUUAGCCUCUGCGCCGUCGACGCUAUUUCGAGGCGCAACCAUGGCCGGGCUUCGCCACGCCGUCUUCAUCCUCGGUGGGACUCUGGCUGCGUUGACCGCCAUCACCAUCACACGUGCCGAUGGAGCUGACACCGAUUGGCCGAUGCUAAAAAAGCUUCGCCAGAACUUGACGGACUCGGCCAAGUAUGACAAGAACUACCAACCACUCAACAGUCACUCCUCGGACACGAUCGUCAACUUCACAAUCUACGCGAAACAGCUGAGGUACAUGGAACCCACGUGGAACUACAUGUCCGUUUCCGCAUUUGUAUGCAUGCACUGGAUCGACGAGGGCCUCUCCUGGACCCCCUCCGACUACGACGGCAUGAAGGAGGUGACCUUCGGCGACAGCGACGUCUGGACGCCCACACUGUCAGUGCACGAGAGCUACAGCGUGUACGGGGUGCGCAUGUUCUCGUCCAUCAAGGCGGACUACCACGGCAACGUGGUCUGGUGCCCCGUGGUCACCUUCGGGCUCCGCUGCACCAUGGAGCUCAGGGACUUCCCAUUCGACGAGCACCGCUGCGUCAUGAACGUGUCCUCCUGGUCGCAUGGAUACAGGAUCAAGCUCAUCGGUAAACUGGCCAAGAAGACAUUCGACGAGACCCACCCCGACUGGGACGGCUACUUUGAAUCCAUGGACGUUACGGAGUUCCAGCAUCCCGAGCAGGGCCCAGAUCCCGUGCUGAGGUUCACCAUGUUCCUCAAGCGCCAGUCGUCCAACUACCACUACACCGUGGUGCUUCCCUGCGUGGCCGUGUCCAUCCUGACCCUCUUCGUCUUCUGGCUGCCCCCCAACUCGGGCAAGAAGAUCACGCUGGGUUGUACGGGAAUCGUCAGCAUUCUCCUCGUCAUGAUCAAUCUCAGAAGUGAUCUGAGCGACUCGCUGCACGUUCCCAAGAUCGUUCAGUUCCUGGGAUCGACGUGCAUCACCAUUGCCGUAGCCACGCUCAUAGCCGUCCUGGUGCUCAACAUGGUCAGAAGUCCCAUGGUCUUUAGGCCACCAGAGUUCCUGGUCAACAUUCUGUCUGGUGUCGUUGGACGUGUACUGUUCCUUUGCCCCUUGCCCGCCCCAAGGCCUGUAGACCACGAGCAGCUCACCGACGCCAACUCGCCCUUGGACAAGCAGGACAUCAUCACCAAGCAGGAAUGGUUUCUGGUUGCCCAGGGCCUCGAUCGUCUGGUGUUCCUGUUCUACGCUUUGUUCCUCCUGGCGUACCAUGCCUAGACGAAAAAAAAAAAAGAAUCUUUGAAGCUGCGUAUGUUUAUGCAACACUCGCCACCUCGGAAUUUUCGUGAGUGGAUGUUCGUGAGAGUAGACGGGGUUGACUGACGUCACGACUCCUGGCGGAAACGCGUUUGCGUUUGAGUUUGAUGAAGUGUUUUGCGUUUCGACCGGUUACGAAAAGAGAAUACACUACAAAACUGGCGCCAUCUGUGGGCCGUCCUGGAACUGCGUAGAGAUAAACUACGCAACUCUACGCGUUAGGUCUGAAAAACAAAGCCUAUAGCAUUGUUAAAAUUACUUCGAGCUCACGGAGAAAAACCAUUACCUGUAAAAAAGUUUAAAAUAUAGACGCAGAUUCAGUUUUUCACAUCCCAUAGAUGGCGCCAGCGUGUAGUCUCGUCGUAAGUGGCAGCAAGGGAAUGCAAUACGCUCUAGCACACUCAAACGCAAAUGUGUUAACGGCCUUUACUUUCUGAUGAACGUUAUGACAGUCACUGAGAUAACGAGGUUGCGAGAGUUGAGUGAAUGAACGAGGUGCCUCAGGUUAAGGAAGCUAGCUCAUGGAAGUCGUGUUUUAUAUGUGACAGCUAAAUUUUGAGUUGGUCAUUUCUAUAGCUAUUGUUAGUACUGUGUCAAACCGUAAUUUAAAAGAAAAAUACAUUUAUGUUUGUGAAGUUAUUGUGUGGUGAGCGUCGGGUAACUCGCUAUACUUUUGUUGUUCCGUAUUAACUAGUUUACGAGUUUCUUUUAUCGUAGGUUUUGCAAUAUGAACCCUCAAAUGUCAUUCCAGGCAUUCAUUCUUUGUCUCUUUUCAACAUAAUAAAAACAACACUCAUGAAACCUGGCAACUAGAGCUUUAACACUGCUGGUGUUUUGUAAUGUGUAAUUUACAAAAGAAGAAAAAAAACGAAACUUUCGGUUUUCUUAU